AUGCAUAUGAAAGGACUGACGUUAUCGGCCAUUCUCGAGCAAGGCACCACACGGCGCCGCAAAUCACCGCCGAAGGAAGAGUGUCCCAAGAAGCAAAAACGUGACUCCUGGCGCAAGAUUGCAGCAAUUUUGAACAAAUGUGAAUCCAAACGGACACACGAAGAGAUCCGGUUGCUGGAGAAAGAGCCAGAGGUGGUGAAGCAAGUCCUGGCACGGCGGAAGCGCAACGUAGAGUACAAGGAACGUGUGCUGGAGACAGAAGAUGAGCCGGAGGUAAUCGAACGCAAAGCGCUGAAGCUGGCGCAAGCCAUAGCGAAGGCAAACCACCUGAUCGUGUACACUGGCGCCGGCAUCAGUACCUCCGCCAAGAUACCGGACUACCGUGGAAGCCAAGGAAUAUGGACGUUGCUGGAGCAAGGGAAAGACAUUGGCGAGUACGAUCUUUCCCUUGCCGAUCCCACCUUCACGCACAUGGCUCUGUUCGAGCUUCACCAGCGCGGGAUGCUGAAGCACGUGUUGUCGCAAAACUGUGACGGAUUGCACCUGCGUUCCGGACUGUCGCGCUUUUCGCUCUCCGAAGUGCACGGCAACAUGUACGUGGAGGUGUGCAAGCAAUGCAAACCGAACGUCGAGUACUGGCGCCUGUUCGACACGACCCAAUUCACCGCACGGCACUAUCACAAGACGAACCGACGAUGCCGGCGGUGCGGAGGCCCCCUCAUCGACACGAUCGUACACUUUGGCGAGCGAGGCCAACUCAAGUGGCCGCUCAACUGGGCCGGCAUUACACCCCAUACCGAGAAGACUGAUUUGAUCCUCUGCAUUGGCUCGAGCCUGAAGGUGCUCCGCAAGUACACGUGGCUGUGGGCCACGGAUCGCCCGAUCAAGAAACGACCGAAAAUCUUUAUCGUCAAUCUGCAGUGGACUCCGAAAGAUAAGGUCUCGACUCUCAAAAUCAACGGACGGUGCGAUGAGGUCAUGAAACUUGUCAUGAAACACCUGUGCAUCGAGGUGCCGACCUACAAUCGGCUCAAGGAUCCGAUCUUUGCCCACGCGACGUUGUUGCUGGCCGAGGAGCAGCACACGGCGUCACAACCGGCACUGAAGAAAAGCACUGCCAAAGAGGAAACUUCGGCGUCGAACGGAGAACCCUCAUCGACAAAUAGCGAUAUUGUUAAAAAAGAAUCAGUUCCCGAUCAGUCUGAGAUUAAAAUCGAACCCACGUUCGCUGCGACGACGUCCUGCGUCUCUCCCCAGCAGGUGUAUCUAAACAAUCUUUUACUGGCGCAGCAGCAGCAGCUGGCCAGUAGCUACAAUAUGUUGCUCACUUCGGUAAAACGACCAGACGUACGACCCGUUUUGCCUCCCCUAGUUCCCUGUAUGUCUUCAGUGACACCGAUCGUAGUCCCAGGUACAGCACAAGUGAAGACAGAAUCGAGCGACGAACCCGCAGCGGAACACAACACGCCAGAUUCGAAAGCUGUGGUUCCACCGGUGAACAUUAUCAAAAUUGACACCGCUUCGAACCUGUUUGGAAACCUACGGCAUAUGCUCGGUGCGAUCAAUCUUUCCAAUGCCAGCACCUCGGGAAGCAAUGCUGCCGGUGGUUCUCAGUGUGGCACGAUGGUCGAUGAAAACAGCAGCUUCUCGGGAGCACGAUCGCCCGAACCUAUUUUUCCACUGCCGCUGUUACUGCAACCUGGUGUAACGAUUGUACAGAAACCAUCGAACGGUCCGAAUGUGACGGAACAGAAUGGUUCGAACACGCCUUCGCUUCCGCCACGGUGUAACAAAAUACAGUUGAUCGUAAAACCGAUGAUCGUCAGUAACCCUCCCAGUCUGGUACCGUUGCAUCACCACAACGAGUCAAGUAAAUCACAAAGUGAUGAUCAAGUGGUACCGAAAGCAAAAAAGAAGACUUUUAGUGAAGAAACAAAUGACAGCAUUCGGCCGGAUAUGUCGACGAUCGAAGAAGCCAUUGCCUCGGUAGAUGGAACAACUGAAAAAGGAAAGGAACCAUUAACAAACGGAAUAACUAAUAAUGAUUGUAAAACGACCGAUUGGAAUGCCGCUCCGGAUGAAACGAUAAUGGAUUUGGGAAGCGAAGAUUCCUGGCGGGAGCAAGAAUGGCAGCUAGACGAGGAAAGGAUACAAGCAGAAGCUUGUGACGGCGCAAUGAACCAAACCAUCAAGACUGAAGAAGCAAUCCAUUCUGGAAGCAGAUCUCACCCAUCGGCCAUACCCGAUACCGAGCGCAAGAAUGAGUCUGCUGACAAAAAUCAAAAGAUGGUCAAAGUGGUCUUGAGCAAUAGUGCACUGUUCGAGCUGUACGAGGCGGCCCCUAAAUUGCCCGAUCGUUAUCCUCCGGCACUCACCUUGAUCACGCCAAUCAAGUAUCAGCUUCCGGCGCACGUUAUCGCUAAGAUGGCGACAAAGGCUCCGGCCGUUCGCCCUAUGCCACUUGCCGAGACCCAUUCGGGACCGCCAGCAACGGCAGGAUUGCACAGUGAACCGACGAAUAACGAUCCUCCAGUAAACAUUUAUAGUAACGGUUUGAAAGGAGCAGGAUCCCCUCCAGUACACAAUGUCGGUGUGAUGCCAUCCGUUUCCACUGCCUCUUUUAUGCCUGCGAAUGGAACAAUGGCAGCAUUCAUUCUCAAAAACAAUAGCUUCAUCACAACCAAUCCGCUCUAUCCGAAUCUACUGAACUUUCCGCCCGGGAUCGGGGCCAACCUAGUCUUUCUUACGAGUCCAGUCAAACCACCGGCGACAGCGACCGUCGGUGGACCGUCUGCGGCACAGCUUGUAACACCGUCCGCAUCGAACGGGAACGGUGUCGUGAAUGGCCCGGGUGCGGUAAAUACUCCGGUUACGCCGAUUAAAACCUUCCGCGAUGAUUCUGACGAGCAGACGGACGAAGACGACGACCGUCGUGGGCGAAUGCGGCGCUCGAAAAGGCUCGCAACGGCGCGCAUCAACAAACAGCUUGCCUCACCGGAGAAAACCGAUUCCGAUACGGAUUCGAACGAUACGGAUCGUUCGGCUCCGCGCAGGCGAUCGAACCGUCGUUCGAGGGACACGCCCAACGAAAGCGACGAACUGACCGAGUCAAGCUGCACCGGUGGCCGGCGGUCGACAGGACGGACGCGAAGUUUCCGCAUUCGGCGCAAGCCAGAGUUCCUUAACAUUAAGCACCCGGAAAAGAAAAAGAAACGUCCGAAUGAAGACACUCCACCGGACAAGGACGACACGAGCGGUGGUUCGCGAGUGCCGGUUGGAAUGAGUACACCGCCAGCGGUCAGCAGUUUAUCUGGUGUGGCGACGGCAGCCGGAAUGAUCGCCGCCAAUCGGAUAUUCACGAUCGCCUCACCGAUCAGUUACUUGCCGGCGUCGAUAAUCGCCCCGAUCGGAGCGUCUUCGAGUACGGCUAUUUCGCAGCAGGAAAAAUACAAACGCAUUCUGACCUACUGCAAGGCGGCCAUUCAACAGCAACAGCAAACGGUCAGCAGUAACACGGUAGUUCCGUUGCCCCAGUGGUACGACGUCAACUAUGCCUAUUCCGGUCUGCACAGCAUCAUACAUCCGCCGCCACCGAACGUGAAUCUGUGGGGCGGAUUGACACCGGCUAAACAACAACCGCCGACGAUUGAGUGCAAGUUUUGCUUCGAAAACUACUCUCAGUACAGCUGCCAGUUCUAUAUGCCGCAAUCGGCCAAGUUCAGCGUUAAAUCGUUCCGCCGUGGCAAGGUGGUCGUGUGCGAGUGCUGUGACUUCUCGGAUGAUGAGCAUGAAAAGCACAACAUUCAGGCACCAACCAUUCAGGCACCGAGCCCGGAGACAGAUGGAGACAAAAUUCCCAUUCCCUCGACUUCAAAGGUUACUGCCAGCAGUGUGGUCGAAGCACCGGAACGUGCCAAACGACAGUUAGCGCCAUUGAAGGAGCCGAAACCUAUGGAAACAUCCGUUAUAAAACGGCCAAAGUGUGUGCAAGGUGCCUGUGUCGCUGUCACUCGAUCGGUCAACAGUCGGACCACCAGCGGCAUUGGGGUUCCCGUGACUACGCAUAAACCUAAAGUCAAACCCGGUUGGUACGGUAAGGGCUACCGGAAGCACCUUCGUCGUAAGAAGCGCACCAGCCAGGGUUAGGAACCCUUGGGGCCUGACUGUGGAUUAUAUUUAUACUGUGGGUCCUCUUUCGC